UAAAAUUCGGAAUUUAGAGGUUUGUACAAAAUGGUUCUAUUUGUUAUAAAAACAAAGAUGGCAGCCCCCUUAACGCAAACCAUGUCAGUCCGAAUUUGUCGACUUUGUGCACGAUUUCUACAAAGAAAAGAACAAAUACAGAUAAGAUGUAGCCUACAUAAUUCAAUGAAUGAAAAUGGCUCGAACAAUACAGACAGUUCAGAAGAAGACCGCAUGACCCAAACUUCAUCUAGGAAUUUCCCAAGAGUAGAAUGGACCGCUGAAAAUAAACCAAUAAAGCCAUCCAUUCUGGCAUCUCCCAGACUUUUCCCAAACAAUGCCAGAGUAGAUCCUGCUGCAAUGGACAAAAUCCAAGUAACAGAGCAAGGCCCGAAGUACAAAAAACAUCCAGGGGUCAUUAGGUCAAGAAAGGUCAUAGAAAUUCCCAAAUUAAUGGAAAAGGCACUUGAUGUAAUUUACAAAGAUUCUGGUUAUAAGACACUGAAUGAAGAAGGUAUGACGCUCUACAAUCAGCUGACCGCUCGUAGAUUUCCAGAGACGAUCUUGUCCCUGACAGCUAAAGCCCAGCGCCUGGAACCAGAAAUCAUACAAAGACUGUCUGUCAAACAACGCACAAAGUUAGAAGCACUAGUAAAUACAGAUUCUCUGACUGAAGAAGAUGAGAAGGCACUAAGACAAAUACAGCUGAAUGUUCUGGAUAACAUAAAACGAGAAUUACGAAGAACCACCCACCACAACAAACCUAUAGUGUACAAUGCAGAUUUUGCUUUGAAAUAUACAAAUGCCAGACUGAUCCCAAACUACAGUGUAUUAACCCAGUGUCUUACUGAGAUAAGAAAACGUGACCCUGACUUUGUGCCAGAGAGUGUGUUGAACAUGGGGUCAGGAAUAGGCUCUGCUAUCUGGGCAACCAACACAGUCUGGCCACAGACAGUUAAACAGUUCUACUGUGUGGAUAACGCCAUGGAAAUGAACAAAAUGGCUGCUCGCAUAUUAAAAGAGGGUGAUGUAAACAGACAAAACAUGGUGAUACCCAAUGUCUUCUUCAGAGACAAACUGCCAUCAGUCCAAAGUGGUGGUUUCUCCCUGGUGAUCUGUGCCUAUACUUUAAUGGACUUUCCUAUGCAGAGUGAACGGCUACAGUUAGUCAAAGAUCUCUGGAGCAGAACUAAUAAUUAUUUUGUUUUAGUGGAUGUUGGGACAUAUAAUGGUUUUCUGGCAAUACAAGAAGCUCGCCGAAGACUCUUAAGGAGAGACAAAGGGGUAGAUGUUGAUGAAAUGGAUGUGAAUAUAUUUGCUCCUUGUCCACAUAAUCAACACUGCCCUAAAUUUAAAUGUGGUCCAGAAACAUUACCCUGUAAUUUUCAGGUUCAUCACCAACCAAGGAGAGGGGAGCAGCAACACAAAAUCUUUGCAACAGAAAGAUACAGCUUCGUCACUUUCAAGCGAGGUGAUUUAGUUGAAGACAUAACAAACACAUGGCCAAGAAUUGUCUUCCAGGACGUAAAUGAGCAGAGUAAGAAGAAGAUUGCUCACUGUGUAGUGUGCUGUCAAGACGGAAGUCUGAAAAACCGGAUAAUAAGCCGAAAAAGACACGGAAAGGAUUUGUAUCGCAUGGCUUGUGAGUCACAGUGGGGAGACCUGCUACCUGUACAGCUAAAUGACGCUGAGAAAGAAGAUAAAUUAGACAUAGAAAACCAGUCACACACAAAAGCACCUGUCGAUGUGGAGCAAAAAUAAAUUAUUAACCUUUAAAAA